CAGAGUGACCCUGCCCUGGGUGUCUGCCCCAGGCUGCCUCGGCAGGAGGAACGGGAGGAUCAGACUCACCUCGGUGCCUGCUGGAGAAACGGCACAGCUGGGAUGGAGAAACGUGCCAGAGAUGCUACCUGGAAUCGGGUGCGGGCGGCGCUGGCGGCGCUGCUGGCGCUGCUCUGCGCCGCGCUGCUCCCGCUCCGCCCGGAGGCCGCCAGGGCGCCCAAGCAGCGGCCGGCGCGGACCCGGAGCUGCGGCGAGCGGCCCGAGGAGCUGCUGGAGCAGCUGUACGGGCGGCUGGCGGCGGGCAUGCUCAGCGCCUUCCACCACACCCUGCAGCCCGAGCCGCCGGGCCGCCAGCACAACGCCAGCUGCCCCGCCGGGGCACGGCCGCCCGCCGACAAGAGGGUCCGGCUCCCCGUCAACCUGCGCAGCGCAUCGCCCUGGGCAUACAGGAUCUCCUAUGAUCCCACGAGAUACCCUAAGUACAUUCCCGAAGCCUACUGCCUGUGCAAAGGCUGCCUGAUGGGGAUCUUUGGCGAGGAGAGCUUGCACUUCCGCAGCACCCCGGUGUUCAUGCCCACCGUCAUCCUGCGCCGCACGCCCGCCUGCGCCGGGGGCCGCUACGUCUACACCGAGGACUACAUCACCAUCCCCGUGGGCUGCACCUGCGUCCCCGAGCAGGAAAAGGAGGCAGAGAGCGUCAAUUCCAGCAUAGAUAAGCAAGAAGUGAAGUUGCUGGUGGGCCAGAACAAGCCCUCAUCGGAAUGAAGAAUGUAUUAAAAGUCAUGUUUCGGCACUGGCCUCAUAUCAUCACCUCACCACCUCAGGAAACUGCACUGCAGCAGCAAACACUCUCACUCACCCUCUUUUUCUGCUUGCAGAUAUUUCAGAUAUAAAAUGGAAAGUCCAGUCACUCAGAUCAUUAGAGAUGGCAAUUAAUUCAAUUUCUUUAGCUCGUGUAAACUUCUUUAGUUCAUUAUUGCAAACUCCAAAGUAGCUUUUUUUUUUUUUUUCCUUAGAGCAGAACAUUUUAUCUUUGCUUAUUCACAGUAAAUUUUAGAAGAUGAUGCAACUGUAAGACAUGGUAGCUAUUACUAUAGCAGGCUAUGGGUUGUAGAUAUUUUUGAGGAAUCUCUUAUAUUCUACUUUUAAGUACACUCGUAGAAAAAUCACACAACUGCCAUACAUGUGACAAAUCAGCAAUUAAAAGGAUAAUUUCUCAGGCUGGGAGAGCCUCCCUUUAUACUGCACAAGCUCCAAGCUUUGCCUCUGAGCUGUUACCUCUUUGGCUAAUUUAUACACUACAGCAAGGAAACUUUUGCUGAGUUGGAGUCAUUCAUGAAGCAAUAUUCUAUGUGCUUGCUAUUUUUAAACUUGCCAAAUUGCUAAGGGUACAAAGGUGUUGAGAAAAAACAUAAUAGAAUAUUGUAAAAAUGCAGCAGACUUUCUUGAUGUGGACUAUGUCUAAUUACACAGAAAAUAUCAAUUAGGAAAAACACAGUUUGGGUCCUAAGAAUUCUGUAUUUGAUUUCAUCCAUCACUGACUACUUAAUUUCCUUGUGAUAAAACUGUGUUCCAUGCAGCUGAAAGGCCAAAACCUUUCUCAUUUUAGGAGAGGAGAUUCCCCAUUAAAAAGUAAGUACCAAGGAUUGGCUUCACCUCAGGUGCACUGCAGGUGAGUAAGCAGGCUAGAUCUUAACUUCCAGAUCCUACAAGAGGUCAUCGAGUUGAGUCCCAGUCAAUCCAAACUUGUUAAAUCCACCUGAUUUUGACAAUUACUGUUACUCAUUUCUCCUUAUGCUGCAUGUAACAGACGAUCAUCACCUGCAAAAGCUGACCGGGCAGCCUUCCAUCUGUGCAGCCUGCUGCUGAUGGAACUUGAUGGCAGGCCUCACCAGAAACCCUGCACACACAAAAACUUGCAUUUCCAGAACAAGAGACUAAAGUUGACUCAGCCUAGUGAAUGAGAAUCAGCAAUGACCAGGCAUGUCUUGCACAAACAGAAUUCCUCAGAGGGCCACACUCGCCAAACGGAUAAACCUCUGAAUGCACAGCAGAGAAUCUCUUUUACAGAUAGAGGAUCAUGACUGCAAUAUCUUUACAGAAUAAACAUCAUAUGCAGCAAUGUAUCUACAUAAUGAAUCUUGAAAUUUGCCUUAAUUCAUAGCAGAGAAAGCCCCUACACUACAUAAACACACUCUUCUUUGGAGUGUUGUUGGAUGAAGAAUGGAAAGACUAUGAGCUAAUCACAACAAGUUGAAGACAGAAUGAAAGUCAUGACAACUCCAUGUCUUGGUGCAUCAUUAUUGAUUGUGCUGUCUCUGACUCAGUCUAGCAUAACAGUAUUUUUCCAGUGCAAUCUGUGAAACCUCUUACAAAGCCUAAAAUAACUUUAAGAACUCCAGAAACUAAUAAA